AUGAAAAUUUUUCUUUUUAUUAUUUUUCUAUUUUUUAACUUUUUUGUAACUGAUUCGUACAAUUCUUUGGAUUGUGCAGAAAUCCCUCCAGCAUUAUGGUGUAAGAAUGAUAAAGUAAAAAAAGAAUGUGGUUUUGAUAAAUUAUGUAAUAGGUAUGAAAGAAGAAUGACUAAUCAAACUUUGAAAAUUACACUUUUAUAUGAAGCAUUAUGUCCAGAUUGUCAAGAAUUUAUUCUUGGACCUUUACAUGAUGUUUAUACACAUUUUGAAAAUUACAUUGAUCUUGAACUUGUACCUUUUGGAAAUGCUAAAUAUGAUGAAAAAACUAAAAAAAUUACAUGUCAACAUGGUGAAGAGGAGUGUAAAGUUAACAAAUAUGAAGGAUGUGCCAUAAAUUUCCUUCCAAAACCAUUUCAUUUUAUUUUCUGUUUAGAAAGUAAAUUAGAAAAAGGUUAUGAUUUAAAAAAGGCUGCCCCAACAUGUUUAGAAUAUGUAAAGGCUGAUGUACAUGCAAUUGAUCUUAUAACUCAUUGUUUUAAUGGUGAGCAGGGAAAUAAAUUUCAAUUAGCUUAUUUUAAAAGAACAUUAGAAGCUUAUCCAGAUGAACAUGAACAUGUACCAUGGUUGUACUUUAAUGAUAUCUCUCUUCAUAGUGCUCAAAUUUAUCAAUCUAUUCUUCCUCAAACUAUUUGUCAAUGGUUAGUAACAGAUAAUCUUCCAGAUGUAUGUUAUAAAGAAAAUAUUAACGAGGAUGAUAGUAUUGAAAUAUCUGAUGAAAUAAAUGAUAAUGAAGAAUAUGAGGAAGAAACUAAGAAGAGUACUGAUACAAGUGAGGAAGAUUCUAAAGAUGAGUAUCGUACUAGUACUGAAGAAGAUGAAUAUUGA